UAAGAAGAGCAGCAAAGUUGUUUAUUUGCAAACGUUGCGCCUGCUCAAGAAACAGCCUCUCUCGACAUAUACUACCUUUCCUUGUAAAGCCAACAUUCCUAAACCAUCGCAAUGCUCCUCACUUUGUUUGCAAUAUAUAUCCCCAUACUCACCCCCUCUCUCGAACAUAUACUACCUUUUCUUUGCAAAGCCAACAUUCCUGAACCAUCGCAAUGUUCUUCACUUGGAUUGCAGUAUAUAUCCCCAUACUCAUCCCCACUUUCACUCCCUAUGUCGAGUAUGAAAACACACAGAAUUACGAGUCAUCCUCCUCAUUUUUCCAUGAAAAUCCCAUGGAGGAACCAAGGAUUACUGGGUAUUCGGGCGAAAGAGUGCCGCCAGGUGGUGGCCGUGGCUGUCAACGUGGACGUGGACGUGGCCGUGGCCGUGGCCGUGGACGUGGCUCGGUGAAUUAUCAUGCCGAAUGCUCUGAUCAUCAACCUGCCCAGCCUACUACCGUGGAAAAUAGGGUGACUGCCGUGCCAAAUGCAAAACCGGUUCCAUUUAAACUAAAUCAUAAUGCUAAGGAGUAUUAUCCCCUUCCUGAAUCAGAUCGGUCCUUGUUCCUAACAUUCUCGUACGGACGCCCUAUACCAGAGAUGGAAAUUGUCAAAUUCUUCAACUCCACAUAUUGGGAAUGUGUGGAAAGGGUAUAUGUGCAUUGGCCAACUCCGUGGAAUAAAAUUCAGAUACCGUUGUUCGGGAAGAUUGUUUUCAAGGAAGCUAGUAUUCCAUUAAUGAUGACUGCUUUUUGGACGAAGCAAUGCAUGUUCAAUAUUGAUGGCAAGCCGCUCUGGUGUAAGAAAUUUGAAUCCGAAAAGACCCGUUCUUUUAAAUGGAAUAAUAAAUAAAAUACUUAAUUUGCUAUAUCUGAAACUCUACAUGUAUGAUGCGCUGAUAUAAAUAAU